AUGGAAGAUAGAGACGAGCUUAAUUGUUUAAAUCUGAGCUGUAUUUGUCCCGUUUUUCAUGGUAAUAAAGAUGGAACAGUAAAUGGUUGUAAACUUCCAAACGGCAAAAAUCUUAACAAAUGUUUUAGAGAGGAAUUGAGAAUGUUGUCAGAUGAAAAGAGACAAGCUUAUUUUAAAGCAGUUCAGCAAAUGAAAGAUAACGGAGCUUAUGACCUCUGUGCUAUUCAACACAGAGAUGCUUAUCUUUUAAAAGGAGCACAUAGAGGCCCGGCAUUUUGUCCGUGGCAUAGAGAACUUCUCAAAAGAUUUGAAAUACUGCUUAGGGAAGCUGCGGAUCAGACUAUGAAAACAACCGAUGUUUGUUUGCCGUAUUGGGAUUCGACUUUGGAGAGGCAAUUGCCUACACCUAAGGAUUCUUUAUUAUUCACCGAACUUUUUAUUGGAAGCACAAAUUCCAAUAAUGAAGUAAGUAAUGGGCCAUUUUCACCUUGGCAAACAUUAGAGAUCCCCCACGGAACUACACACACUUUUAUUGGCGAGGAUAUGAGCGAUCCAAAAAUUGCAGCAAAUGAUCCAAUUUUCUUUAGUCAUCACUGUUUUGUUGAUUUGAUAUGGGAAUUAUAUCGUUGGAAACAACAAACUUAUGCCCAAAGACCAGUUCAAUACACACCAGAUAAAAGAGAAUGUGAACCUGCUGUUCAUUUCAAAGAAGCAAAAAUGACAACAUUUCCUUUCUUUAAAAAUCUCGACGGAUGUAGAAAUGAAUAUACAGACAAUAUGUACGAAUAUGCUCCGAGGCCAACGUGUACAGUAAAAAAGCCAGAUUGUGGGUCAAAAUAUUUGUUUUGUGACCUCUCCCAUGUAACACCCCAUUGCGCAGCAAAAGUGCGCAUAGGCGGAGAUUGUAAAGGAUUUACUAAAGGAGAACAAGUUUGCUAUAACGGUAAAUGUGUGAAAAAUGUUUGUGUUGGUCAACAGGUAAAACAAUAA